AUGGAUGAGAGAAGUCUAAUUCUUCACGAUCUGCCGGAUGAUUUCGAUCGCGUGAAAUCAAAACUCGAUCUUCAUUUUAAAAACAAAAGAAGAUCUGGAGGUGAAGUCCUGCAGAUCAGAGAACAUCCCGAUGACAAACGAAAAGCUCGUCUCAUUUAUGUGACAGAAGAAGAUAUGAAGAAGGUGCUUGACAAACGAAUCCAUAAACUGGAUUUCAAGACGCAUGGAAGUGUUGAAGUGACCGUAAAACUACCUGAAGACAAAAAGAUGAAACCAGAACUGCUGCCUAAACCCAAACUGGAGAAAGUGGGGAAAGUUCUGCGGGGUUCACACACACAGGUCUGUCCGAGCUCAAACCCUACAACCACAAGGCAUAAAGACAAUGACGGGGAUUGUGAAAUAUCUGAUCUGCUCAUCACGACUCCUCACACGGUUGAUAAGGAAAUGCUUCAAAUGUAUUGUGAACGAUUUACAGAACACUUUGUGCUACAAAAAAAUGGAAAUAACAGCUGGAUCCUGAAGCUUUCCAACCAGUCAGAUCUGCAGAAGAUUCUCGGACAGGACAAACAGGAGUUGGAUAUAUCUAUAGAAGUGUAUAAAGAAGGAAAGUGGGACCCUCGUCGCUUCAUCUUGACGGGGUUUGAGGGAAGCACCGAAUGGAUGAAAAUCUCACUUUUCAUUGGCAGCUGUAGCAAGACAACAGAGCAUGACUGGGAGAUACUGGAUGAAGAACGGAUUGUUGUCACUUUCAGACAAGAUAUCGAUGUCACAUCAUUUAUAAACAAAUGCACCUCAAAAGCACUGCAGGGUCGGGAGAUUGGAAUCACACGCUUAGAGCCGACAGACUCGGUCCUGGUUCAGGGAGAUCUGGGAAAGAUUAGUGAAGAAGCCCUCAACCUUCACUUCAACAACACCAUGAGGAGCAGCGGAGGAGAUAUCAAGUCUUUGAUCUGGAUCAACAGACAGAAGAGUCUUCUCAUUACCUUUCAAGAGUCUGACGUUGCCCAUGAAGUGGUGGAACAGAAGCACAGUGUUUGUGGCACUGUGGUGAAGGCAUCACUCUUCUACUCCAGUUUAGGAAAAGCUUUGACCGGAGAAAAGCCAACCUUGACUGACAUCCCUACAAGCAUAAACAUCUCUGUCCAUGAAGAUCUGCUCCGUUUCAUUGAAAACAAUGACCUGUGUAGAAACGCGCUGGAGAAGGUCGUCAAACCGCUUCAUGCCGACAUUCUUAUCGACAGAAGAGAGGAAGCGAGUGUGAUAAGACUGGAGAUGGACGUUGACAAAACGACUUUGACUGCACUGCAAAUAGGAGCCACUUGGGAGACAAAGACAGAGAGGAAAGUCCAAACCUUUUUGAGCAAGUACCACACAGCCGAGCUGAACGUGCAGAAGGACGUCUGGCAGCGAGUUAGGAGCGACUGUACGAGUCUCAGCACAGGUGAUGCUGUCGUCUCCUUCAGAGAGUCCAGCUCUAAAAUCAUGAUCGCUGGCGUUAAAGAGGAGGUGGUUGUCCUCUCGGAGAAGAUCAAGCGGCUGCUGGACAUCGCUGCUGUUGAGAUGGAAAUACAGAGGAACACCGUCGAUGCGAUCAUUCAACUGGACUGUGGGGAGAAAUGUGAACUUUUAAAAGAACGUGUACAGUCCAAACUAGGCCAAGUUGCUCUGUUACAUGAUGAGAAUCAGCACAAAUUUCACCUCAGAGGUUUGAAGGAUCAAGUGGCUUCUGUGGAGCUCCUCAUCGAGCAGGUGAACGAGAACAUUAUCCUGCAUCACUUAAAGCUCUCAUCUCAUCUGAUUCACUUUCUUCAGUCUCUGGACCUUCACAAGCUUGAACAAGAUCAUUUCUACUCCAAUCACAUUCCAGCUAAAUUCUCAAAGCAGAAAGAUUUGGUGGGAAUUUUCGUUGAGAAAGACAACCUGAAGAUCGCUGAAGACAAAAUCUGUGAGAUCCUCAGAGAGGAUAUAAUACAACUUUCUCCCAAUCGGACUGAUGAAAACUGGAGAACAUUUCUCAUGAAACUUCAAGACGAAGUGGAAUCCAGCCAGAACGCUCACAACAUCAGGGUCACACAGACGGACGUGCAGCUCACGUUAUGUGGAUUUUCUGAUGUAGUCGCAGAAGUAGCAAGAAAGGUGAGAGGCUACCUGGAACACAAGAAACCAAUAACUGAGGAUGUUCCUCUCAAGUCUGCACGAGAGGUUGAAUUUGUGGACUCUUGUUUAAACCUCUCCGAACUCCCUGAAAUCAAGCGUCUUGGUGCUACGAUACUGGCCUGCAGAACCACGACUUGCCCUUGUCUGAAGGUCACCGCUGCCAAAGACAACGUUAAAGAGGCUGUGAGUGUCAUAGAGAAACAGUUGUUAGCCACUCUUGUGGAGAGACACAAGUACUGCAAAGCCGGAGAAGCCAAGGUUCUAUACAAACAUGAAGCCAGUGUGAAGGCGAAAGCUAAAGAGUUCCAUUGCAACCUGUAUUUAUCCCAAGAACCAGUGAAUCAUCCUCACCCGUCACAGAGUUUCACACACAAGUUAAGCAAUUUCAUCACAUUGGUGAUCACGAGGGCUGAGUGGUACCAUCAAAGUGCCGAUGCCUUGAUUUGCCCAAUGAACGGCAGUCUGGUUUUUGAUAACCCUGUGGCCAAGCAGAUUCUCCAGUUUGGAGGGGAUCAGAUCGCAGAGGUUUGUAAAAGUACCAGAGGGAAAAACAGUCUCCUGCCUGGAGAUGUGCUUCUCUGUGAUGCUGGACAUCUCAACACCAAGAGCCUCAUUUUUGCCGUGUUGCCCCAUAAGGGUCAAGCCCUAGACUCACGCUACCUUCAAUCGGCCAUACACAACGCUCUUCUGAAAGCAGAGGAACAACACUGCACCUCCAUUCUCGUUCCGGCAGUUGCUUGUGAAAUCUUUGGGUUCUCCGUCAGAGAAAGUUGGACUGCACUCAGAGAAGCAAUACUACAGUUCUGCGCUGACCAUCAAAAUUCCCCCCGAAAUAUGAGAGAUGUUCACAUAGUGCAUUCUGUUAGGAAGACUGUUGAUGAGUACAACACUGUGAUCCAGGAACUGGGCUUUCCUGACACUUCAGACGUCCAAUCGCAGAGAAAGCAUCAGGGAACAAGAGCGCUCAUCAAUGGUGUGCCGAUAUACCUGAAAAAGAGUGACAUCACCAAAGAGACAGUAGAUGUCAUAGUGAAUUCCAACAACAUACAUUUAAAUCUUAACACUGGUGUUUCUGGUGCCAUCUUGAAAGCAGCUGGAAAGUCAGUUGCUUCUGAAUGUACAAAACAAGCUCCUCUGAAAGCAGGCGGUGUAGUAAUGACCAGUGGUGGGGAUCUUAAAUGUAGGCACAUUGCCCAGAUGGUGGGUCCCGAGGGUCCGGCUGACAUCACAUCAUCUCUUGGAAAGGUUUUGAGCCUUUGUGAGGACAAGAUGGCCAGGACACUUGCAAUUCCUGCGAUUGGAACAGGAAAAGGUGCAAUUGGACCAAAAGAAUCUAUUGAAGCUAUUCUCGCAGCACUUAAAAAACACUUGACUGAGCUGAACUCAAGCUGUCUCAAAGAAAUUACUAUCGUGACAUUUGAACAGAAGAUUCUGGAUGCUUAUGGGAAACAUUUCAGUGAAUGGAACAAGGCCUCCAACAGACGUGCUCAGCCGGCAUACGGCAGAAUGCCAGAAAAUCAAGUAAAAAUCGGAAGUGUCAGAAUUGAGUUAAAGAAAGGAGACAUUACCAAUGAAACAGUCCGAGGGAUUGUCAACAGCACCAACAGGGAGAUGACUUUGAUGGGAGGAGUUUCUGGUGCCAUAUUUAAAUCCGCCGGAGUCUCUGUGGAACAAGAGUGUCAAAAACACGGUCCACUCCAAAACGACAUACCUGCAGUGACCAGCGGAGGGAACCUGCAGUGUGAUGUCAUCAUUCACGUGACCGGACCGCACUCGGCAUCAGAGACGAGAUCACGCGUGAAGAAAGUUCUGGAGCGCUGUGAGGACAAACAGAUCACCACAAUUUCUUUCCCUGCUGUCGGCACUGGUGGUGGCGGUGUUAAGAGUGUCGAUGCCAUUCAAGCCAUGCUGAAAGGAUUUGAAGAUCAUUUAGCCCAAAACAGCUCAACGGUAAUCAAGCUCAUCUAUUUAGUAACAGACCGGGACGAUGUCCUGCAGGAGUUUCAGAAAGGUCUCAAAGCAUGGACUGCAAACACACAGAACAGUGAGGAGGAAGAUGAUGAAGAUCAGUCAGAGCGUGAGGAUUCAGACGACAGCGUGGAUGAAGACAGCACAUCAUCUGACUUUGAGCCUGAUACAACAAAUCCUGUUGAGGCUAUAAUCGGCCCAAUGAGAGUGAAGGUUACAUGUGGUGACAUCACCAAAGAGACUAUGGAUGCGAUUGUUAACAGCACGACCACCAGCCUUGACCUGAACACGGGGGUAUCAGGAGCCAUUCUUAAAGCUGCAGGACAAACGGUUGUGAAUGAAUGCAAAACGAAAGCACCUCAGCCCAAUGGCGGUGUGGUGCUGACCAAAGCCGGAAACCUCACAGACAUUAGAAAUAUUAUUCAUAUGGUCGGCCAGACAAAUGUGAAAGGCAUCACGACAUCCAUGUUCAAAGUUCUGAAGACGUGUGAGGAAAACCACAUUCAGUCCGUUUCAUUCCCGGCUCUUGGAACUGGAGCAGGAAACCUGGCAGCCACACAGGUCGCAAACGCCAUGACUGAGGCUCUGGCAGACUUUGUGAAAGAAUCGCCACAACAUCUGAAACGUGUCCACAUUGUAAUCUUCCAAAGUAAUAUGUUGCCAGAUUUUCAGGACGCUAUAAAGAAGCUGAAGAAGAUCAGUAGCUCUGCAAGUAAGACCAAAGUGCCCACGGACCCCUGCGUCCUGCAAAGCCCCGCAGCAGCCACCAUUCUGUCUGGCCAAGCAAACGGCCUCCUUGUCAUUCCCCGUUAUGGCUGUGGAGAUUUAUGGGACCUCUUCCGCCAAUGCUGCCAAGGUGAAAAAAUAUCUAGAUGACCUCGUCUCCGAAGAGUGCAUCAGUAAAGAUGUGCAGUCGAGUCAUCUCGCCAAACUUCCCGUAAGUGACCAGAAGACCAUCGUGAACCUCAGUCAAAGCAUUGAGGUAAGCGUUCUAGUGGCCGGCCCG